CCAUCUUCCCCACCACUCCCACCCAUUCUCACAUAUUCACGUAAUAUUCUGUUGGCAUCCAUUCCAUAAUCCUCAGUAUAAAUACCCUCUUCUCUCCUCUGUCUUUUCACAAAAUCAUCAUCAUCUUCUUCUUCUUCUUCUUGCCUGCCUUUCUUGUUUUUUUUUUCCUAUCUCUUAUGGCUGGAAUUGUAGUUGUUUUUGAUUUCGAUAAGACCAUUAUUGAUGUUGAUAGCGAUAACUGGGUCGUUGAUGAACUGGGUUUUACAGACUUGUUCAAUCAACUUCUCCCUACCAUGCCCUGGAACUCUCUCAUGGACAGGAUGAUGAAGGAGCUUCAUUCUCAGGGGAAAACCAUUGAACACAUUGUUGAUGUCUUGAAACGUACCCCUAUUCAUCCUCGAGUUGUCCCUGCUAUUAAAUCAGCUCAUGCUUUAGGGUGUGAGUUGAGGAUUGUAAGUGAUGCAAAUAUGUUCUUCAUUGAAACUAUCUUGAAGCAUCUUGGAUUGAGGGAUUAUUUCUCUGAGAUUAACACAAACCCAGGAUUUGUUGAUGAAGAAGGGAGGUUAAGGAUCUCUCCUUACCAUGAUUUUACUCAAUCUUCUCAUGGUUGCUGCCGCUGCCCACCAAAUAUGUGCAAGGGUCUCAUCAUUGAAAGAAUCCAGGCUUCCAUAGCAAAGGAGGGAAACAAAAAAAUCAUCUAUCUAGGUGAUGGUGUUGGUGAUUAUUGCCCAAGCUUGAAGCUUACAGAGGCAGAUUAUUUGAUGCCAAGGAAGAAUUUCCCUGUGUGGGAUUUAAUUUGCAGAAAUCCCAUGCUCAUCAAAGCAGAAAUUCAUGAAUGGACUGAUGGGGAGGAGCUAGAACGUGUAUUGCUUCAGAUUAUUGGUGCAAGUUCUAUGGAAGACAGCAAUGGAAAAUCAGCUCAGUUAUUCUCAGCUGACUGCAAGUUGCAGACUAUAACAAUUGGUGCCCAUGAAGCCUUCCCAAAAGCUCUUGCUGUUCCUCAGUAGAUAGCUUUUUAUAACCCGAAUGUUGGCAGAUGCCACGCCUAUAAAAUUAACGAUUAUUUCCUUUCCUCGUUGGGUUAACAAGAAGCAAGCAAGUUUGUGAUGCUGCUUCUGAUAAAGAAUUAAUCCACGAAAUGAAUCCAUAUACCAGUGUGCUUUAACUUGUAAAUAUUGCUAUUCUCUGCUUCUGUCUGGAGUCUUAAGUGGCAGCCAACAUGGAAAACUCUGCCAAAAAAAGCUCAGGUGUCAGAAGCCUGAAAGAGUAUGAUAUCCAAUAUAGUUGCAGAAAUGAAAUUUUGAAGUGCCAUCAAAUUUCAUGGCAAAACCUCUAA